AUGUCAGUUCCUGCGGCAUGGCCCUCGAGCCCGGCCAAACUCACCCUGGAAGCUUGGUCGCAAGGCUGUAUGAUUGGCGCUUUGAUCAUCAUGAUCGGUAUCACCUUAGCUAAUAUGCGACGCGGUGUCAUGUUACAUAAACUUAUCUUGAUCGAGGUGAGCAUCUUCAUCGGUAUCGCAUUCAAUAAACAAUCAUCUCACAAAUUUUUCAAGCUCCUUCUGGCGAUGCCAAAUGGUUUCUUUACCUUUUUCGACCCGCCGACCUGGGGAUGGUAUCUUUCCUCGACUGUUAUUUUCCUCAUCAUCUCGUGGAAUCUGCACAACGUCAUCGCCUGGAUGAAGAACAAGCCCUUCCUCUCAAAGCGAAACAAUGCUAUAUAUAUUGGCAGUAUCAUACUAGUUCAACCCUACUGGAUCCUUGAGAUCUAUGCCAACUUCACCUACUUCAACACUCCUAAUACCCAUCUUUUCUCCUCAACCCGACCGCUUGAAGCCGUCUGCCGCGAUCCCUGGUGGAUCUUUACCGCCAUCAACCUUUUCUGGAACAUAAAAUACCGUUACGAGUUUAAGCCUCUGGAACUCAUCCGCAUAUCCCCUCGUUUCGGUCUUUUACUGUUGAGCAUGUCUCUCAGUAUCAUCUUUAUUGUUGUCGAUCUUCUUUCCGUAACGCCUGUCAUCUCGAUCGGCUAUAUCAAUCCGUUCUGGAAAUUUGCUUUUAUCUUCAAAUGUUUCACCGAUACGAUCGUUCUAGACGACUUCAAAACCGCACUAGACAAACUAAGUCGGUACAAAAUGGACCGAAACUAUCCGCUCCCGUUCAGCAGACCUGCCAGUCAGAUACAACACCAAAUGCCGAGGCCAGGCGGGGAGAUUUUCCAUGAUAGAUGCUGUCGUGAAAGUGUGAGCGUGACAGUUGAGCAUUUGGAGGGGGCUGGCGAUUCUAUAAUUAGUGCUCCGGCACGCGUAAAGGGGUUCCCUAAUGCUGGGCUUCUAGGCAGAGCGCCUUCAUGA